AUGAAGCCCAGCAUCUUCUUUGUUCUUUCUCUGCUUCUCAUUCUUGAGAAACAAGCAGCUGUGAUUGGGCAACAUGAUCAAUGCCAAGAAUCUGUACUUAUCCAAACUAAGCAGCCAGCAUAUGAUGAAGAUGAAAACCAGACACAAAGUCUUGAUCAAGAUCAAGGACAUGGCCAAAAUGAAGAUGGAAUACCAGACCAAUAUUCAAGUACACAGGAGGGACCACUCAUUCAGGAAAAACAAAGCACACAGGGAGAUGCAUCCCAAGGCAAGCAUCAUGUCCUAACUAUAAAUCAAGGAGGUGGUGAUGGUUAUAGUUUGACCCAAAAUCCUAAUCAAGAUCAAUGGCUUGGCCAAUAUGCAAGAGAACAAGUGUCACCUCACCUCAGUGAAGUCUGUGAAGUCUCCGAGAUGCAGACUCCCACAUGGUCCCAGAUUUUUGAUCAAUGA